CUUUCGAGAACAAUCGAGCAGCGCAGACAGCACACCACUUCGACAUCGCAUGGGAGCACAUCGGCAGUGCUCUAGGGAACGCAACAACAUCACAUGCCCGUUGGCCGCGACAAGCUAGAACCGUUCGAUUGACCUGCGCGUGACCGAGAUCGGGGCUAACUUACUCAUUGACCAACCAGGGUCCGGCCAGGUUCUUUUACUCGAUAUAAUCUCUCCUGCCGCAUUUUUCAAACUCUGCACGCCUUCACUUUCGGUCAGUCAGAAUCCAGCGCCAUUGCCCUUUGCUGCUGAGUGUCCAUGUCUCUCGUGCAGCAUGUCUCUCAACUGGAAGGCCAGGACCGAGAGGAGGCGUUGGUCGACCUCUUCCUUCCACCGCUAGAGCGCGCAGAGUCCGUGGCCCGUUCCGAGCGCCGACUUUCCCUCGGUAGCGGCUUUGACAGCAACAAAUCGAUACGGCGUCUUGCCAGCUACGACUUCUUGAAGCCACCGGAAGAGACAGUAGAGAAUUAUGGCGGUGUGACGCAGUACACUGUUUCAACCGCAAAGCGAAUUGCCCAGGUAAUCACAACAGUGCUCGCCUGUUGGUUCGCAAGUGGCAUCGUCUUCGGGUUUGCCGCACUCAAGCCCAUUCUGAUUCAGGAAGGCGUCUACCAGGACCUAUGCACACCAGAAGAGCUGAAAAGAGGCGUGGAAGUAUGCUUUGAGCAGGACUUGCGACUCAACUUCUUCUUCUCGCUCGCCUCUACGACCGCGAAUCUUUCUGCGCUGCCCGUGGGCGCAUUACUUGAUCGCUAUGGUCCAAGACUAUGUUUCCUUCUAGGAUGUCUCUGUCUCGCUGCUGGCAGCAUUCUUAUGAGCCUAGCUUUCCAGAUUGAUGAAUUUGACGGAUACACCAUCGGUAACUUCUUCCUUGCGCUUGGAGGUAACUUCAUCUUUCUGCCUUCUUUUCAGAUCGCCAAUGCCUUUCCAAAAUAUGCAGGCACUAUUGUUGCAUUAGUGACGGGUGCCUUUGAUGCUUCAGCGGCCAUAUUUUUAUUUGCACGACUGAUUUACGAUGCUACCAACCGUGCCUUCAAACCACAGCACUUCUUCCUCGCCUAUCUGAUCGUGCCUUUCGCAAUCCUCCUUGCGCAGCUGACUUUCUUGCCAACUGAGAGCUACAAGACCCCAGGACAGCUGCAGCAGAAACUAGAAAAGGCCGAGGAUGUAAUGCGAGACGUGCACUCGUCAGACGACGAGCUGUCCGAUGAUGAGAUGUGGAGACGCCGCAAGAUGCGAAGCAACCGCCGUAAGAGGCGACAACAGAAGCUCGACAAGCUUGUCGGCUCUCCCGACAGGCGAAGAAGGCUCGAAGAGAGGGAGGAGCAUCGACAAGAUGCUGCUGGUGUUUGGGGUGCUCUGCACAACAAGCCUCCCAACGAGCAGAUGAUGACCCCCUGGUUCUACCUUCUGACGCUUCUUACAGUUCUACAGAUGAUUCGCAUGAAUUAUUUUAUUGCCACGGUUAGAGAGCAGUAUCUCUACAUGCUGGGCUCGAUCGAGCUCGCGACGCGCAUCAACGAGUUCUUCGACUGGGCCCUGCCUAUCGGUGGCGUGAUCAGCACACCAUUCCUCGGCAUUCUGCUUGACAACGUGAGCGUCCCUGGCGUGUUACUUCUUAUUCUGGUCAUCAUCACGAUUAUUGGCGUUGUAGGUUCGAUAGCUACAUUGUGGGCAGGCUAUCUCAACGUCAUCCUAUUUGUCGCCCUCCGACCACUCUACUACUCCGCCAUGUCAGACUACGCCACCAAGGUCUUUGGCUAUGCCACAUUUGGCCGCGUCUAUGGAACUAUCAUCUUCUUUUCCGGCGUGAUCAAUCUGUCCCAAACAGCUAUCGCCGCUUUGACAAAGACAGCUUUCGAAGGCAAUCCUGUUCCCGUCAAUGUUUUCCUGGCUGUUGCUGCAUUCAUCGUCGGGGUAGCGCUCGUUACAUACGUGACGGUGCAGACGUAUCGCAUGCAGAAAAAGCUGCAGGACGAGGACGCGAUGACCGUCACCAACACUGAUGUCGGCAGCAUAAUGGAGAGCUUGCUAGAAGAGGACGAGCCGCAGCAAGGGUAUGGCAGCAUUGCCCCGCCUCGACAAUCUUACGAGUAUUAAGGAAGGAAUGCAUCAUGAUUCGACAAAUUGGUAUCCGGCGGCACGGGAUUUUUUUUUAAUCGGAUGUUAUUUCCACUCACUUGCGUGUUGGCGACGGAGUCGGUGCACUCCGUGGGUCUCACAGUCUACCAUCCAUGCUUCUGCGAUGUGGACCCAUUUUCCGAAGCUUUUAAAACCUGUGGAUACCACCCAGACUAGGUUCAUUUCAGAGGCGCGUUCAGCGUUGCUGUGAGCGAGGAUCUUCUUUUUACUUUGCAGGUAUCUUCUGA